AGAAUAACCCGGAAACUUCGACUUGGGCCAUCAAGCACUCCGAGUGGAUAGAUUUGUGGAAUCAAAGAGUGGCCCUAGUGGUGAAGGAAAGAAGACAACAUAGUGAUUCAGUAUACGAAGAGCAUAUGAAGUGGCUUGCGGGACGUUACCGGUUGAAGCUAAAGCCCGGUUGGAACCGUUCGGAAUUGGAAGAGUUGGAUCGUGAGAGCGGGUAUAUGGACUUCAAUGUACAAACGAGAGACAACGAAGGGACACAACUUGACUAUGCACAACUACACGACCGAGUGGGCAUGGAGUUAUUGCAUUGUGUUAACGAGGCUGGUGUAGCACUUGGUGAAGAUGAGGGAAGUGGAUCAUCUGAGAAAUCUCUUAGGAAAACAAUGAAGAGUUUCGUGAGUCGAUUCCACAAGAUGGCAGCUAUGCUCUCUUGCCAUGGAAGUAAAGCCGUCCUCACGGCUGGAGCUUCUACUAGCCGGGACAAUAGACGGCGUCGUCGUCUUGUCUUGCAACAGGAACAACAAGAGCAGCAACUGCAAGAAGAGCCAGAGCAAGAGGAAGCGCGGCAAGAUGAAGAGGAGUACAAUCAAGACGAAGAGGAGGUGCUUGGGAUGUCCCAAAUGGAUGAUGUGCCUGAGCCAUCACAGCCCACACAACGCACGCCGCGCAGCAAAAGAGGAAGGAAGAAGUGAAUUAGUUAAUACUAGAUUCUCGCGAACUUUGUUAUGUUUGAUUCGUGAACUUUGUUAUGUUUGAUUCGUGAACUUUAGAAGUGGCGUGAA